AUGAAAUCAGUUCAAGGCUGUGGGGUCCGUUUGUUUCAAUUAAGUCGCAUUCUGGCACCUGCAAACCAUGGUUUCUUGACAAGCUUGCGCCAGGUUAGGGGCUACUCAGAGGGUCCCUUGUUUGGUAACCAUAAUAAUACUUUCCGCACCACUACGCGGCAAGGCGCGUACGGAAGCACAGAGGUCCUCAACGAUGAUCUCUUGUCGGACUCGAUCCCGCGCGUCAAGCUCGCAUACGAAGUUGUGACAGAGCACAGCUCGACGUACUUGCCUCGAGCACCAAUCAUCAUCCUACACGGACUGUUUGGCACCCGCGCCAACAACCGAACUAUUGCGCGGAUGCUGAAUGAGCGGCUCGAGCGCGAUGUGUACCUACCCGAUCUAAGAAAUCAUGGGCAAUCACCGCACAUCGGGCGCCACGACUAUCCCGCCAUGGCUGCGGACGUGGAACAAUUUAUUCACGAUCAAAAUUUUGAGCAGGACCCGAUUCUUGUAGGCCACUCCAUGGGCGCCAAAGUCGUCAUGAGCGUUGCUCUGCGCAAACCCGAGCUGUGCUCGAUGAUAGUUAGCAUCGACAACGCGCCAGUCGCUACGAUGCCUACCAUGUCGUUCCCAAGAUAUGUGAAGAAGUUACUCGAAAUUAUUGGAAGUCCCAAGGUUCAAACCUUCAACGACGCCGAAAAGUCCUUGCGCGAGGUGGAGGACUCACUGGUGAUCCGGCAGUUCCUCUUGACCACGCUGCAGCGCGUCAAAGACGAGGAAUCCGGCGGUUAUCGGUUCAAGUCGCGAAUCCCACUUGGCAUUUUGAACGACGCUAUCAUCAAAGGCAACAUCGCCAACUGGGAGUUCAACCCCUGGGUGCACAGGUGUACUGCACCUGCCCUGUUCAUUCGCGGCACCAAGUCCCACUACGUAGCCGACGAGUACCUCAGCGACGUUGGCAGGUUUUUUCCGAAGUUUGAGGUCCGUGACAUAGAUGCCACGCACUGGGUAAACACAGAAAAGCCCCGUGAGUGCAGUGAUCUCAUCGCUGACUUCAUCGAGCGUCACGAAGAUGUAUAG